UGUCCUUAUGUCUGUAGGUCCUACUGCCCACAGCCCUUCCUGAACCGAUAGAUACUUCUCUCCUCCUCUAAUUAUCCUUCCAUCCUCCCUCACUAUUUAUUCCGGCUAUUUGUGUCUGAUACCGGCCAUUCGGUGUCAGAUAAACAAAUUUUCAAUCAUUUUCUUUCCUUUAUAUAAACUCAGGUUCUUCUUCUCCCUUUUUGAUCAGAAGAAAGAUACAAUAAUACUUGGUUCAUUUUGCAAAGGAAGAAGUAGACACGCGUUUGGCAUGAAAGUUUGCAUACGUGCCUUAACUUUAACACCCAUUGCGUAAUUCGGUAACUGAACCGCCUCUUCUUAUUACUUUCUGUUUCUGAUUCUUCUUCUGAUUUUUCUGGGCGAGGAUGAAUAGGGUUCUAACACAAGAGAUGCUACACUGUAUGCAAGCUUCAUCUACUUCUGGAAAUCAUAAUAAUAAUUACCGUUUUAAUAAUGGAACUGACUUAACCGUACUUGAAAGACAAAGAGCUAGACAAAAUUGGCAGCAACAACAGCAUCAGCAACAGGAAACUGAAGCUCCUCAAACGUAUCUCAGUAAUGAUGCCCAUUUUGCUAAUCUGUUCCAAUUACCAUUAACCACUUCAAAUUUUGAUCAUCAUCAAGGUUUCAUGAAUGAUUCUAUGAUGAGAGAGUUUGUUAAUCGCUCAAUGAAAACUGAUCCAAGUUUAGAAAAUGGGUGGAGUACUGAUUUUGGUAAAUACCCAGUGCCCAAGACUGGAUUUGGUGAAGAAAUUAUCACUACAGGAUUUUCAAGUACUUCCAACGGAUUUGUUAGUAAUAAUAAUAAUUCUGGUAAUGAGAUGUCAAAUAUCUCCAUUUCUAGAACUACUAGUUGUCCUCCAAUUGUGGGUGAUACUGUUUUACCUGCGACUAUAGUUGCAGCAGCUGCGGAAGAAAAAAGUAAAGAAAUCUGUUCACCGGGUAAAAUGUCUUCCAUUGUCGGAAGGAAGAGGAAAGCUGAUAAGGCACACAACUCAAAGGUUAAUGGUGUAGCGGAGGAACUAAAAGACAAGAGAAUCAAAGUAGACAUGGCUGAGGAAGUAGAAUCCAAGAUCACCCAUGAACAACCCCAACAACAUAAGAACAACAAUAUCAAUAAUAAAGAAAAUUCUCCGGAUACAUCUAAAGAUAAUAAUUCAAAGAUUUCUGAAGUUCAAAAACCGGAUUACAUCCAUGUUCGAGCUCGGCGUGGUCAAGCUACCGAUAGCCAUAGCUUAGCCGAAAGAGUGAGAAGGGAAAAGAUUAGUGAAAGGAUGAAAUAUUUGCAAGAUCUGGUCCCUGGUUGCAAUAAGAUUACAGGCAAAGCAGGGAUGCUUGACGAAAUUAUUAAUUAUGUUCAGUCUCUUCAACGACAAGUUGAGUUUCUGUCCAUGAAACUUGCUACAGUCAAACCAAGACUGGAUGUGAACAUUGAUAACUUCUUCGCUAAAGAUAUGUUUCCUUCCUCCGGUGUUUUUUCAAAUAUGGGAAUGUUAAAUGCAGACAUGGUCAAUUCCUCAACUUACCUUCAGUCGUUUAAUCCAACAAUGCAAGAAAUGAUUUCAUCCUGUGGUUUGGAUAUGGUGAUAAAUCCCCCCGAAAUGGCAGCAGCGCUACGGAGAACAAUAAGCGCCCCACCCUUACCGUUGUCCGACGCAUUCUUGGACACGUCUUGCUUCACUCAAGAUCAACCUACUUCUACAACUUGGGAAACAGAUCUGCAAAACAUUUACAGUAUUGUGGAGUUUCCUCAAGGAAGAGCUCAUCCAUCUGUUUUUCCACAUCAAUCAUAUACAGGAAGUAUGGAGGGAAAUAAUCUAAAGAUGGAGAUGUGAUUUGGUGAAUUCAUCAAUUUGAUGAUCAUUUGAAUGAAGUUCCAUCGAGGAGUGCCCAUAGAGAGCUAAAAAAUCAACGCUAGAUCGGAUUCCUAAUUCUUUUUCAUCCUUUUCUUAAUAUUUUUAUGCAUAUUUUGGUAUAUAUCUUUGUAUAUAUAGUUUUGCCAAGUAUUUAUAUCUAAUACUCAAAUAACAUAACUAAUAGUAAUAUUGAUGUCUUGUUAUUCAACGU